AAACUCCCAAACUCUUUGCUUCAGCCUUGUUGCUCCCAUCUGCGUAGCAGAGACAUCCCACAGAUUGCUCCCUGCAGUCUUUGACGUGGCUGUAGGGGGCGGGAGCUGCUCUGCCCGGCCCCGGGGUGGUGACGGAGCGGGGCUGGGAGGCACUGUCCCGGUGCAGGGCCGCAUGGAGCGGGCGCAGGUGCCCGACGCCGCUGCUUUCCGUGCCUUCAGGCAGCGCUGUCAGGAUGGCAGCUGGCAGCGGGACCGCGGUGGGCUCGCCGUCAGUCUCCAACUGCCACCGCCUGGCUGUGCCGUGCACCAGCUCAAGUGCCGCAUCGAUGUCCCGGACGUGCCGGCAGAGACGAUGUACGACGUGCUGCACGACAGCGAGUAUCGCCGGCAGUGGGACACCAACGUCAUCGACACGCACGACAUUGCCCAGGUGGCUGCCAACGCUGAUGUGGGCUACUAUGCCUGGCGAUGUCCAAAGCCCUUAAAGAACAGGGACGUGGUGAUGCUGCGAGCCUGGCAGGUGGAAGAUGGGUAUCACACCAUUAUCAACUUCUCCAUCAAACACCCGAAAUACCCUCCGCGCAAGGACCUGGUGAGGGCGGUCUGUCUCCUAACGGGAUACCUGGUGCAUUCAACUGGGCCCAACAGCUGCAGCCUCACCUACCUGGCUCAGGUGGAUCCAAAAGGUAACUGGUGCUGCUGGACUUGUGGUGUGGUGAUGCAAAUUCUGGUCACAGUGGAAAUCUGGCUUAUAAGCCAAGAGUGUGUUUACGUUACAUGGCCCUACCCUGUUCCAGACCCUCUGGUUAAAUCUAAUGCCACAGCUUGCUAUCAGGGCUGUUGGAUACUUGGUAGAAAUAAAGCCAUUUUCUGGUGCAAUAACUUCAGGUUUUCUCCCCCAAAUUUAUUAGGGUCGUUGCCAAAGUGGGUUGUGAAUAAAGCCUCGCAGUACCUGGUGCCGCAGAUGUUAAAGAAACUGCACAAGGCCUGCGUGCAGUACCCUGCCUGGAAGCAGCAGCACAACCUAAACAUGAAGCCCUGGCUGUACCCUGAGCAGAACAAGCUUCCCGUGCUGGCGCUGUCGGAGCUGGCACUGCAGCGUGCUGCAUCGCUGGAGAACAUCGACGAGAGCAGCCUGGCUGAAGAGAAGGAUGAGAGCAGUGAGCACGGUGGCUUGGAGAACUGAUGUUGCUCAGGCUUGUCUAGUGGUUUACAAGAAGGGGGGAAAGAGUUUUUUUACUGAAAAAAGAAAUCUUCAUGUUUGUAGCCUUUUCUCAUGAACCAGCUGCGUGGCUCCUGGCAUGCAGGCCCUGCUUACUGCAGGGCACACGGGAUGACAGUCCCCACCUGGUAAUGUUAUGCUCUGGGAGAAUUCAUACCACGUAUUUCUCAGGUGAAACCUGCCCUUACAGAAUACAGCUUGUUCUGAGCUUGUUGCUCCCAAGAGGUCAAGUUACCUGUGGUACCUCUGCCAGGCUGCUCUACCAGCUGGUGAGUUACUCAUUGACAAACUGCUCUUUGCCUCUGUCCUGUGAGUGGCUGAAAUAUCUUGUGUUGCUGGAGCUGUUGUUUUCCCAAAGGGAAUCAGUAACUACCUGGUGUUUCUCUCCAGCUCUGAACGAUGAAACAGACUGGUGACAAGUACAAGUGACAAGUACUGCUCUGUCCAUUAAAGAUACUUAAGCCAUGAA